GUGUAAGUUAGCUUUAGCUAUACCCACCCACUCCCAAACAACACGGCAUGAAGUGUACGUUGACCAGAUAUUUACGCUUUCAAUAUUUAAAGAGCCACUUUACUUCAACUGCAUUCUUCGAAGAGCUUUCUCAGUGGUUUCCAUGAAAAGGUGUAAAUGUGUGUGUGUAUAUAUAUAUAUGCGAAUAGCAUAGACAGGCAAGGAAAGGAAGAGGAAGAUAGUUUAAAUUCAGUUAGCUCAGUUGGUUUUUUCAGCUAAAAAAAAAAAAAAGGAAGAGGAAGAAGAAGAAGAAUGAUAAGGAAGAAUCAUGAUAUUGGUUUUGUAAAUAGUGGGUAAAGAGGUCGUGGAGAGAGGUGAGUACGUACAUGGAUUUAUGUGGAGUUCAGACGCUGCGCCUUUCAUCGCCUAAUUCCAAAACCCUCCAUUUGGUGAGACAUGCACAAGGAGUCCACAAUGUACAAUUAGAAGCGAAAGAAGUGACUCCUUUAUCAGAAAACCUUUUUGAUGCCCAGCUCUCUACAAAGGGUCUCCAACAGGUUUCUGAACUGCGCAAGCAAAUCCUUGAAUCAGGAUUACUAAACACUAUCGAGUUAGUGAUUACCUCUCCUCUCCACAGGACAAUGCAAACUUCAACUGGAAUAUUUAGGGGACAAUUGCAAGAUGCAAUAAAUCAAUCCGAAAACCUUCCAAAAGCUCACAACUUUCCUCCAAUUGUAGCACUUGAGAUUUGUAGAGAACGCAUGGGAUUAUAUCCAUGUGAUCGUAGAAAAAGUAUAAGUACCUAUCGCACUUGUUUCUCAGAGAUCGACUUUACAUUGAUAGAGAGUGAUGAAGAUGCUCUAUGGCAAGCCGAGGAAAGGGAAAAACUAGAUGAUGUUUCCGCUAGAGGCCUUAUCUUUGUCAAACGGUUAUGGACGAGACCAGAGAAAGAAAUCGCAGUUGUUAGCCAUGGGAUUUUCUUGCAGCAGACACUUCGUGCACUGCAUGUAAAAGUACCUCUUGAGGAUAGUCUUCUUACAAGGUUUGCCAAUUGCGAACUCCGGUCAAUUACAUUAAAGAAGAGUGACAUGGAAGCAAUUUACUCCACCAUCGACCUCCUUUCACACGCUUGAAUAGAAGGCGUGCGUAUUCAUGAAGAUUCACCCCAAGAUUCUCCGAUCGACUCCUUCACCUUACAUAACCCUAAUUUUAGCCAAAGCCCGCCACAAAUUGCAAUGGCUGCGCUUGAGUUACACAAGCCGGAUAUCGACGACGAAGACGAAUCUCCGGUGGAGGAGGUUCGUCUCACUGUUUCGAACCACGAUGAUCCUUCUUUGCCAGUGUGGACGUUUCGUAUGUGGUUUCUAGGGCUCCUCUCCUGCGUUCUGCUCUCGUUCCUCAACACUUUCUUCGGUUACAGGACUCAGCCUCUGAUGGUCACCAUGAUCUCCGUUCAAGUGGUCACGUUGCCUCUCGGAAAGCUUAUGGCUCGGAUUUUACCCGAGACCAAGUAUCGGAUCGGGUCGUGGGAGUUCUCGUUUAACCCGGGUCCGUUUAACGUCAAGGAACACGUGUUGAUCUCCAUGUUUGCCAACGCUGGUGCUGGAUUCGGAUCUGGCACUGCUUAUGCUGUUGGAAUCGUUGAUAUCAUCAUGGCUUUUUACAAGAGGAAGAUUAGCUUCUUGGCUAGUUGGAUCCUCGUCAUCACCACACAGAUUCUCGGGUAUGGUUGGGCUGGUAUCAUGAGAAAGCUAGUGGUGGAUCCUGCACAGAUGUGGUGGCCAACGAGUGUUCUUCAGGUCUCUCUGUUUCGUGCUCUUCAUGAGAAGGACAACGCGAGGAUGUCGAAAGGAAAGUUCUUUGUGAUUGCGUUUAUCUGUAGCUUCGCGUGGUACGUCUUCCCGGCAUACUUGUUCCUGACCUUAUCAUCAAUUUCUUGGGUUUGCUGGGCAUUUCCCAAGUCUAUCACUGCUCAGCAGUUAGGCUCUGGGAUGUCAGGACUUGGGAUUGGUGCAUUCGCGCUUGAUUGGUCUGUCAUAGCUUCUUACCUUGGAAGCCCUCUCGUGACUCCCUUUUUUGCAAUCGUCAAUGUCCUCGUUGGCUACGUUCUCGUCAUGUAUAUGGUGAUCCCAGUAACGUAUUGGGGCAUGAAUCUGUAUGAAGCAAACAAGUUCCCGAUUUUCUCCUCUGAUCUGUUUGACUCACGAGGGCAGCUUUACAAUAUCUCCACCAUUGUCAACGAUAAGUUUGAGCUGGACGAAGGGAUGUACCAUCGAGAAGGUCGGGUUUAUCUCAGUACAUUCUUUGCUAUCACUUACGGGAUUGGUUUCGCAGCAAUCGUUUCCACGCUGACUCAUGUUGCUCUCUUCAAUGGAAAGGAAAUUUGGCAACAAGUACGAGCUUCAACCUCGGCCAAGGUGGACAUACACACAAGGUUGAUGAGGAAGUACAAGGACAUACCAAGUUGGUGGUUUUACGGUCUGCUCGGUAUCUCAUUGGCACUAUCUCUUGUUCUCUGCAUUUUCAUGAAAGAGCAGAUCCAAAUGCCUUGGUGGGGACUCCUUCUAGCCUCAUUCAUGGCCUUAAUCUUCACUGUGCCUGUCAGCAUUAUUACAGCUACAACUAAUCAGACUCCAGGUCUAAACAUCAUCACGGAAUAUCUCAUGGGUGUGUUGUUACCGGGGAGACCAAUAGCGAACGUCUGCUUCAAAACUUAUGGUUACAUAAGUAUGUCACAAGCUAUUUCAUUCCUCAACGACUUCAAGCUAGGACAUUACAUGAAGAUACCGCCAAGAUCGAUGUUCUUAGUCCAGUUCAUAGGAACAUUGAUUGCAGGAACGGUGAAUAUAUCAGUAGCAUGGUACUUGCUUACAUCAGUAGAAAACAUCUGCCAGAAAGAGUUGCUUCCUCCAAACAGUCCAUGGACAUGCCCGAGUGACAAAGUCUUCUUCGACGCAUCAGUGAUUUGGGGAUUAGUAGGGCCGACGAGAAUCUUUGGUCGGCUAGGAAACUACCCUGCACUAAACUGGUUCUUCCUAGGUGGACUGAUAGGUCCAGUCCUCGUAUGGCUUCUCCAAAGAGCCUUCCCGACAAAAACAUGGAUCUCACAGAUCAACCUCCCUGUUCUUCUAGGCGCAACAGCUGCGAUGCCUCCCGCGACGAGCGUGAAUUUCAACUCCUGGAUCAUUGUUGGUGUGGUGUUCAAUUACUUUGUGUUCAAGUACUACAAGAUGUGGUGGCAGAGGUAUAAUUACGUGCUCUCGGCAGCUUUAGACGCCGGUUUGGCCUUCAUGGGAGUGCUUAUAUACUUUUGUUUGACCAUGAAUGGUAAGUCCAUUGAUCAUUGGUGGGGUGCUAAUGGUGAGAAUUGUCCUCUUGCUUCUUGUCCUACUGCUCCUGGGAUUCAAGUUGAAGGUUGUCCUGUUUUUUAGAGUUUAGAUGAUUUUUUUGUUUUUUUUCUUACAGUGGUUUUUAGAGAUAUUUGUUGGAUUUGUUUUUUAGAUUUAUAAAAUCUGCAUAUUUUCCUAA